UUGGUUAGUGUGGCUGUGUGUAUUUUAACGUGUUCAUUGAGUAAAUUAUCCCCUCUUAGAUUUUCAUCAUGAUAAAUUAUGACAGCAUUGUACAUUUUUUUAUAAAAGUAAACAAAGUUGCAAAUAAAUGUGUAAGUGAUUUAUAAAUGGAGUGCAAUCAACAAUAAACACCAUGAAAUCAUAAGUCAAAAUUAGAUUUACUACCAAUUAAACUUACAGUCGCCAUAUUAUGAGCAUUUUUCUUUUUUUAUGUCAGUCAGUGUGCUCUAAUAUUCCUGAUUCGGGAUUUAGAACAAAAUUUUUGUACUAGUCAAUAAAAAAUUAAUUUAGAUAAAUUUUACAGUCAAUUCAUGUUAAUGAAUUUUACAACAGCAUGAAAAGUGUGUAAUAGCUUAAUUAAGUUUUAUUAUUAUCAAUUAGAUAGUUUAGAGGAAAAAUAAAUUGUUUUUACGUUAAAGUAGAAAACUUAAAUAUUAUACCAUGGCUUACAAUUUUGCUGGAAUGCCAACACCCGGAAUGCCUCCAAUGAGUAUUGGUCCAAUGGGUCCACUUGGACCUAUUGCUGGUCCUCAAAGUUUCAUGGAAUUAACAGGACAAGGUUUUCCACCUUUACCACCUCCUCCAUCCAUUCCACUGCCAGGAAUGAACGACUCUCCUCUUGAGUUCAGCACAAAUAAAAAUCAACCUCCAAGUGGACGUGAUAAUUCAGAAGAUUCAUCAUUUGAUAGAAUACGAAAUGAUAAAAAUGAAUCAAGACGAGAUUGUGGAGAUAAUCGAGACUCGAAUAGAGAUAAUCGUGAUAAUAAUCGAAGAAGAAGUGAUAGAAAUGAUAGACGCGAUCGGGAACGAGACAGACGGGAUGAACGUAAUGAAAAAGAAAGACGAGAAGAUAGAAGAUUAGAUGAUCGGGUAAAUUUGACCUCAAGCAAUAACAGUCAUAGUGCUAACAGUGGUAGUAAUACACAAAUGACAUCAUUAAAUAGUCAAACUCUAACAACAAAUUCCCACAGUUUUACUCCUCAAAUUGAAACUGCUACUACUCCUAGUGUUUGGAGUAUGGGCGUAGGAUAUCAAGUGAUGGGAAUGGGUCCAAUGAAUCCAAUGAGUGCUAUGAUGAGUGAAAUAGCUUUAGGACCUCAUAUGGGUGCACCUCCUCAUGGAUAUGGUCCACCAAUCAGUAUGGGAAUGAUUCCUCAUUGUGAUAGUACAGUUCUUAGUGCUCAAAUGCUUGGUGGACCUGAGCAACUUCAUAUCAAUGAUACUACAGCGCAAAUAAUAUCAGCAGGAUUACCACCAUCGUCUGCUACAAGUAUGUCACCACAACAAAACAGUAGUUUAAAUACUAAAGAUGUUAUUCAUUGUAAAAGUUGUAUACUUCUUCCACCAAAUCCUAAUAUACCAGUACCAACAACUAGAGAAAAACCUCCAGGAUGUCGAACUGUUUUUGUCGGUGGAUUGCCAGAAAAUAUUACAGAAACAAUUAUACAUGAAAUAUUUGAACGAUGCGGUGAAAUCACUACGCUUCGUUUAUCUAAGAAAAAUUUUUGUCACAUACGUUUUUCAAACGAAUCCAGCGUCGAUGCAGCUAUAUUUCUAUCAGGGUAUAGAAUUAGAAUUGGUUCUGUGGUGGAUGCAUCAAAUACUGGAAGGUUGUAUGUUGAUUAUGCUCAUAUUUACGCAAGAGAUGAUCAGUAUGAAUGGGAAUGUAAGCAAAGACAAUUGCAAAGAGAGCAAAGACAUAGAGAAAGGGUUGAAAAAGAAAGACAAAGACCACCAUCAAGUCCUCCACCAAUAGUACAUUAUACUGAUUAUGAAGCUUCUAAUAUAUGUGAAAAAAUUAAACAAGAUGAUACAUUUAUGAAAGCUGUACAGGUUGUCGUUACAUGGCUAGAACGUGGUGAUUGUACUAAACGGAAUGCCAAUACAUUUUACUCAAUGAUUCAAUCUACAAAUUCACAUGUUCGAAGAUUAUUGAGUGAAAAAGUAUCGUAUGAAGAAGAACUUCAACGAGCUAAAGAAUUGAUGAAAGGCAGAAUACAAGGAUUACUUAUUCAAUUCAGUCAGAUUGAACGUGUGUUUACUGCGGCCAGCCAUAAGAAAGUAUGGGAUCAUUUCACCAAGGCACAGAGGAAAAACAUCGAAAUGUGGAAGAAACAGUCAUCGGAAAUCAAAGCUGUACAAUUAGAAGAGACUCUUAUGGAGGGUGAAGGGGAAAUGGAGGUUUCUGAUUCAGAAGAAGAACCUCAGAAGAAAAAAUCUCGGUUACAACAUACUACUGAACGUAAUACUGAUAACUCAGAAAGUGGUAUUCAAUCACUGAAAGAAGAAUCAGAAAGUUUGAGGUGUCAACUUGAAGCAUAUAAAAAUGAGGUUGAUUUAUUAAAGUCAGAGACAAAAUUAGAAAUUGACAAUAAGAAUAAACAAAUAAAAAUGUUACAACAAACAUUAAAAGGAAUGCAAGAGCAGUUGAUGCAAUCUCAAAAACAACAAGUCCAGGAUGAUCAAACGAUCCGAGAUUUAACAACUCAAUUAAAUGCUUCAAAAAUACCUGAAGAACCAUCAUCUUCGGAAAACGAAGUAAUCACGUUGGAUAAAGACGAUGACAUCAAUGAAGAGUCUCGUGUUACUAGAUCUAUGUCGGGAUAUGUGCAAGUAACACAAAAGGAUGCGAAGCUUAUUGGUCUCAUCGCUACAUUUCUUCAUAUUCAUCCAUUCGGAGCAAGUGUAGAUUAUUUAUGGUCUUAUUUACAAAAAAUAGAACCAGAAAUCAGACCUAGUGAAGUAGAAGCUUUGAUGCAAAGAUUUCCUCAAGUGUUCAAACAAGAACUUUCUGGCAUUGGUGCUAAUAUGGAAAGGCGUUGGCAAUUUUCUGGCUUUAAUAUAUGUCGACCUGGAUGACAAAGUUAUUAAAAAAUAAAAUUUAAUGUUUAUGAUUUUAAUUAAAGACAAAAUAGAAACAUAAGUACACACAAAUUUCACGGUAAAUCAUGUAUUUCCAUUGUGCAUAUCAAAAUGAACUUAUAUAAAUGAUUCAUAAAAUUUUAGUUAUUAAUUUUGUUGUAUGAAAUUUCUAGAUCAUCAGUAAGUUUAUAGAAUCUCUAAGAUCUAUAG